AUGAGUUCUCUUGGUAAAGAGUUAAUUGAAAAAGAUGUAGAAAGUACACCUAUACAAGAAUUGCAAGAGGUUGCAUCAGACUCAAGCUUUAAAAACAACCUAGACAGGUUGACAAUUGAAACAUUAAGAUUACUUUGUUUUGUAGAAGGUCUACCUGAGAUAGAAAACAAGAAAGACUUGGCAGAACAUUUUGCUACGAAAUUACUAAAUAAUAUUAAGGGUAAGGAAACAACAAACGUGGACGAUUCUUGGCAAGGUGAUAAAGAAUACUAUUAUGGUACAUAUAAUCAGGCUAGAAGUAUAUAUGAUGUAUCAGAAAAUAUUUUAUGGAACCAUACAGAAGGGACUUAUAUAGAGGAUAGGAGAUAUAUUUCAUUAAAAAAAUCAUUAGAGAAAUCAUUACAAGCAAUAUUGGCAAAGGCUUUAGAGGAAAUAAAAAUUAGUCUACGAUUAUCAGAAAAACAGGAGAAUAAAGAUUGGUCAGAAGUAAAGAUAAACAGACCUAGAAAUCAGUUCGAAUACGAAGAAUGGCGUAAAGUUGGAAAACUCCUUGAUGAAGCAUUGAUGAGUAAAUCAUGGAAUCAAGAUGUUGCAGCAGCAUUAAAAGAAUCUUGUAAUGAAAGUCCAUUAGAGACAAUGUUUAAGGAAAAGCUGAUGGUUGCCAGACAGUAUAAAAAUAAGAAAAGAAAGCUAGAUUAUUCGUUAACAACAACUGUGAUACUCCUCUUUCCUACAUUUGUAAUACUAGCAAUGGUAACUUUGUAUAAUCAACCAUCUCAAAGAGUACCAUUAGAGCAAAUUAACACAAAUGCUCCCGAGUUUAACUAUGCACCUCCUACUUAUCAGCAAAUGAAUGAUUUAGAAGCUCAAUUAACAACACUCGGGGAUACAAAAGAAAGGAGAGAUAUUGGAUAUUCAAGAGGAACUAAAAGUAAUCAGGAGGAUUCAUAA